AUGCUAGAAUUGUAUAACUAUUUCAUUCCGGGCGUGCCGAGCAACAGUAAAAGACAUCAAAUUGGUGAGAAAGACUUAUUACAAAUUACUUACAUUUCUAAUGACAAUGCCGGUUCUGCCCACGUGGGGAUGGUAGGUGGCCAACAAUCUUUACGAUUGUCGCCUGACUUUUGGUACAAGGCGGUCUUCAUGCAUGAGCUGGGACACACGCUAGGUCUCUUCGACGAAGUAACGCGGCCAGAUCGAGACAAUUACGUUGAGAUUUUCUGGGAAAAUAUUCAACCGGAAGCGAUCUCGGCGUUUCAGAAAAUUCGAAGAAAUGCAACAAACUUAUUGGGACAGCCGUACGAUUACGACUCUAUUAUGGCUUACGACGAAGUCGCCUUUUCUAAGGAUCCUUCCCAAUUGUAUACUAUCAGAGCCAAAAAUGGAUAUAGAAUGAAAGCUGCCGGCGAAAAAGAACAGAUCAGUAAAGGCGACGUUCAAAAAAUUCAAGAACUUUAUAGGUGCAAAGUUACUAAGAAUACAGCUGGAGACAACUUUUGA